UUCACUGUUUGCCACCAUGUCUUUCUCUGGAAAGUACCAGCUGGAGGCUCAUGAGAACUUUGAGGCUUUCAUGAAGGCCCUUGGGCUUCCUGAUGAACUCAUCCAGAAAGGCAAAGAUGCCAAGAGCAUCUCUGAGAUUGAGGAAAAUGGUAACAACUUCAAAGUAACAAUCACGACCGGCUCAAAAGUGAUCAACAACACCUUUACAAUUGGACAGGAGACUGAGCUGGAGUCCAUAACCGGAGAAAAGAUUAAGGGUGUGGUUCAGAGGGAAGGCAACAAACUGAAGGUCUGUCUGCAGGGAAUCGAGUCCAUCACAGAACUUGUGGAUGCAAACACAAUUGUCAAUACAAUGACUCUUGGCAAUAUUGUGUACAAGAGGACGAGUAAGCGCAUUUAAGUGUCUACAAUUGAGAUAAUAAAAACUUUAAAGGCA